AUGUCUCGAUCUGGAGGGCUUAACUGUGAGUGCUCAUCUGUGACCUCACCUUCCCCCGCUGGUAAGCUUUGGCUCGGCACAAAGAGCGUGUCCACGACGAAAGGGCGACAACAAUCUCUCAGCGAUUAAUGCUGCAAGGGCUCAGGCUCUGCUCUCAGACGCUUCGCGCUCAUGGCUUAAGCAAUGCCCUAGAGCGGAGACCUCUACUCGAGCACAAGUCUGAGUCCUUGCAGCAUUUAUCGCUGAGAGGUUGUUGCCCUUCUGUCAUGCCAGCAGCUACAUUCGGCCACGAGUGUGCUGAUAUCGUCUGCUGAAUGCGAUGCACGUAGCUCGUACUCAGCUUGGUCGUCCGUUUUGACUCAUUUAGCCCGUCUAUCCCCGCAGCGAUGGAUGACGGCCAAAAAGUGAUCCGCGUGUCAGCGCAGGAUGGAAAGAGCGGCGAGCCGCGCGAGCUGGCUUACACGAACUGCAAGUUGAUCGGCAAUGGAUCCUUUGGUGUGGUCUUCCAAGCUAGACUAGUCAGCGGAGGGAACGGAAAUCUCGUAGAGGGUGCCGGAGCAAGCGCGGGUGCUGGAGAGGCGUCUAAAACACCAAAGGAGGAACAAGAAGAUGUGGCCAUCAAAAAGGUUCUGCAGGAUGCUCGAUUCAAGGUGAGGGUCGUGUGCACACGAUGAUGGAGAUGAGCUGCGCUACACGCGUGAGAGCUUGCGCAUCAGCUGCGAGACCGGAUCAGGCUGUACGGCCCAUCACGUUGAGCUCGCUCGCUCACUGUAGGUCUCUCGCUGCUUUUCGAAUCUGUAGAACCGAGAGUUGCAGAUCAUGAGGAUUGUUGCGCAUCCCAAUGUUGUGGAUCUGCGGGCAUUUUUCUACUCCAAUGGAGACAAGAAGGACGAAGUCUUUCUCAAUCUUGUGCUCGAAUUUGUCCCGGAGACAGUCUACCGCGCUUCAAGACACUACGCCAAAUUGAAGCAGACGAUGCCCAUGCUGCUGAUCAAGCUUUACAUGUACCAGCUGCUUAGGAGCUUGGCAUACAUUCACAGCAUCGGCAUUUGCCAUCGAGACAUCAAGCCGCAGAACCUGCUCUUGAACCCGCUCACUGGAGUCUUGAAGCUCUGCGAUUUCGGUUCAGCGAAGAUCCUCGUUGCGGGCGAACCUAACGUCUCUUACAUCUGUUCGCGCUACUACCGAGCACCAGAGCUGAUCUUUGGGGCCACAAACUACACGACGAACAUUGGUGAGUGCACAUUCGAGCUACUGCGCUCAAGCACGAUGCUGAUGCGCCACGCAAUACGUUUCCAGACAUUUGGUCCACCGGUUGCGUAAUGGCAGAGCUCAUGCAAGGACAGCCCUUGUUCCCUGGAGAGAGUGGUAUCGAUCAGCUUGUGGAGAUCAUCAAAGUGCUAGGAACCCCUACUAGGGAACAAAUCAAGACGAUGAACCCCAAUUAUAUGGAGCACAAAUUUCCGCAAAUCAGACCGCAUCCUUUCAGCAAGGUCUUCCGACCCAGGACUCCAACCGAUGCUAUUGACCUAAUCAGCCGCUUGCUGGAGUACACGCCCAGCGCCAGAUUCACCGCAAUCGAGGCCUUGACGCAGCCAUUCUUUGACGAGCUACGAACCGGCGAAGGUCGCAUGCCCAACGGCCGUGACAUGCCGCCGCUUUUCAACUUUACGAAAGAGGGUAAGUGAUGCUCGCACUCGAAUUUCAAGGCGCACUUUAGUGCUCACGCAAUCCCAAUUCUCUCGCUCCGCCACAGAGCUCUCCAUUCGACCUGACCUCAUCUCGAAGUUGGUGCCACCUCACGCCGAAGCGGAAUUGCUUAGCAGAGGUAUUGAUGUCCACAACUUCACGCCGCUCUCACCAGAGUCGAUGCGAGUCACUCUCAAGUAG